AUGCGCUAUGUUGCCUCCUACCUGUUAGCCACCCUAAGGGGUAAUACGUCUCCCAACGCCAAGGACAUCAAGAAAAUUCUGGACAUGGUGGGCAUUGAGGCCAACGAUGACUGGUUCAACAAGGUCAUCAAUGAGCUGAACAGGAUGAACAUUGAAGACAUUAUUGCCCAGGGUAUUGGCAAGAUUGACAGUGUGCCUGUGGGUGGCACUGUGGCAAUUUCCACUGCCCAGGGUUCAGUGGCUCUUGCUUCGGGAUCAGCCCCACCUGCAGAGGAGAAGAAAGAUGAGAAGGAGGAAUCUGAGGAGUCAGAUGAGAGCAUGGGCUUUGGCUUGUUUGACUAA